GCGAGCCGGCUCCUCCAUCUGAACACAUGAACUACUGCUCCCACUGUACUCACACUUCAUCAGCUUGAGCUGCUCUCAACAACCGAGGCCACCCGUACAUGGAUUUCUCCUGGAUUUCCCAUCUCUAACAUGGACGCCCGGGCGGAAGGUUGCUCCUUUGCGCAGUGAGACGGACAUGCGGAGCAUCGCUGAUACGGAGUGUCCUCUUCUGUCUCAGUGACCAUGCCGUGAUCACAUCGCUGACAAAAACACCUCCAAAGCAGAAAUAAGUGGGAAUCUUACGAUCCAUCCAGUGGAAUGACAUGCAGUGUAUCGCAGGCUUCAUGAAGAUGUGCUCUCCUCUGGUAACUCAUCAGAGAUGGCUUGGACUGUUGCUGCUCUUACUGUGUGUGGGAUAUUCUCACGGGAUGCCACAUGUGUUGAGAUUCGGGGGGAUAUUUGAAUCCAUCGAAAGUGGCCCAUCUGGUGCUGAAGAACUUGCCUUUAAGUUUGCUUUAAACACAAUCAACAGGAACAGAACUUUACUGCCAAACACCACACUCACAUACGACAUCCAAAGGAUAAACAUCCAUGACAGUUUUGAGGCCUCCAGAAAAGCUUGUGACCAGCUCUCUCUGGGUGUGGCGGCCAUUUUUGGUCCCUCCCACAGUUCUUCGGCCAACGCGGUGCAGUCCAUUUGUAAUGCUCUGGGGGUGCCGCACAUCCAGACCAAAUGGAAGCACCAAGCGUCAGACAACCGCGACUCCUUCUACGUCAGCCUUUACCCAGACUUCUCCUCCCUCAGCAGAGCCAUUUUAGAUUUGGUUCACUUCUUCAAGUGGAAAAUGGUCACUGUGGUUUACGAUGACAGCACAGGUCUGAUUCGUUUACAGGAGCUCAUCAAGGCUCCAUCUCGUUACAACAUCCGAUUAAAAAUCCGGCAGCUACCAGCAGAAACAAAAGAUGCCAAGCCCCUUCUUAAAGAAAUGAAACGAGGAAAAGAGUUUCAUGUAAUCUUUGACUGUGGUCAUGAAAUGGCAGCUGGCAUCCUUAAACAGGAGCGCGUCAGUAAACCCAAACUCCUGCAGUUCAUGAGCGACAUCAACCCACCGUCUACAGGCUGGCCCACUUCACCUGGGACAUGGUACACCAGAAGCCCUUCUGCUCUGGAAGAUAGAUGGGAUGGGGACAGGCGCACGAGAGCUAAAAAGAGGAGCUGA